AUGGAACAGGGACAAAUUAACAAAUUAACGAGGUCCAAAACUGCCAGUAAAUUAGAUUUAACUAGAUUAUGUAGUAGUGUAGAAACUGACUUAGCUUCUCUAACUAAAUAUAUGAUUAAGGAAAUACUUUGUCAACUCAGAGAUGCUUUUCGUACCUAUAAUGACGCAACUAAUCUUCUCGCUGCAGAGCUAGCUACUACUGAAGACGUAGAUCCGAUAGUAAAAAAAUAUUAUAAAUGCAUUUCUUUACUUGAGGAAAAACUCGAAAGCCUCCUAACUCCACCUACAAGUUCUACAACAUCUGAAAUAUCUAGUGUCCCAAAUCCCAAUGGCCCGUCUCCUUCUACUCAAAUUACUCAAAAUGCCACCACCAAACAGAGAACUGUCAAGCUCCCGGAACUUCGUAUCAAUAAUUUUUCCGGAAAAUUAAAAUCACCUGAAUCUCAAACCACUGAUGAAAAUCUCUCUCAGAUUGUUCAAAAAUUCUGGGAAUCCGAAGAAGUCAACCCUCCUAUUUCUGAAUCUGUUGAAAAUCAUCCAUCUGAAUUACUUUUUCUGAAAACUGUUAAGAUUUUGCCUUCAGGUCGAUAUCAAGUUAAUCUAAACUUAAAACACUCUGUUGAUGACCUACACAUGGGAAAUUCCUUUAUCACAGCUAAAAAACGAUUCUUUUAUUUGGAGAAAAAAUUGCAUUCAGACCCUGUCCUGUUGCAAAGCUAUUCUAAAAUUAUUCAAGAUUACCAUUCUCAAGGUUUAGUCUCAGACGUUCCUCUUCAAGUAAGAAAUUUUGACGGAAAAUUCAAUUAUUUUCUGCCUCACUUUCCUAUAAUAAAAACAAGCUCCACCACUCCCGUGAGAAUUGUCUUUGAUCCCAACAACAAGUCCACAUCAGGUAUUUGUUUAAAUCAGGUUCUAGAUAAAGGCUUCACGGUGCAACCAGAACUUUUUGAUAUCUUAAUCACUUUUCGCCACUACAAGUAUAUACUAGCAGCUGACAUUAAGCAUAUGUUUCUGCAAAUUUCCAUAAAUGAACAAGAAACUUUCCUUCUCAACUUUCUAUGGAGGGAUAAACAGGAUGACAAACUUCAGUGUUUUCGUUUCAACCGAUUACCCUUUGGUUUAUCCUCGUCCCCUUUCUUAGCCACUCGUGUAUUAAAACACAUUGCUGAUACUCAUGCAAUUUCACACCCAUCUGCGGCAAAAACCUUGCUCAACUCUACCUAUAUGGACGAUGUACUAUCUGGUGGUAACAAUUUAGAAGAAAUUGAGACUCUCCACUUUCAGUUAAGUUCCUUGUUGAGUAAGCACGGCUUUCAGCUCCAUAAACUAAGCUCGAACCAUCCAGAAUUUCUUAAAAAACAUAAGUUGAUUCCAACUCCAGAAAUUAAGUUAAGCCUGGCUGGUUCCUCAGACAAGAUAUUAGGUAUUAUUUGGUCACCUGAUCAGGAUACUUUUUCAUUCAAGCCUCCUGUAUGCGAGGUAACAUCGCCAAUUACUAAGAGAAAAAUUCUUAGUUAUGUCUCUCGUUUAUUCGACCCUUUAGGGCUUCUUUCACCAACUCUUGUAUAUUCAAAACUUCUGUUGCAAAGGAUUUGGUCAUUGUCACUAGAUUGGGACACCCCCAUUACCAAUGAUAAAAUUCUUUCUGAUUGGCAAUCUCUUCUAACGAAAUUCCAAUCCAUAAAUCUAACAAAAUUUCCUAGAUGCUUAGUCCUAGAUAAAAAGGUUAUCUUAACUCAGCUUAUUACCUUCUGUGAUGCUUCUCAGGACAUCUACGCUGCCUGCGUGUAUCUCCGAGUCACUUAUGACGACUCUACCGUCUCGGUGAGACUUGUCACAUCCAAGACAAAAAUCGCUCCCCUAAAAAACAAACUAACUAUCCCAAGAUUAGAGCUGUCCGCCAUUCUAUUAGGAAUCCAGUUAACUCACCGCUCACAAGGUAUCUUACAGAAAGAUUUAAAAAUUUCUGAAACUCAUCUCUUCUCGGACAGUACAAUAGCCCUGACCUGGGUAACUACAUCUAAGUUUCUCUACAAUCAGUUUGUACAGUCUCGAGUCAUAAAGAUACGUUCCCUCAGUGAAUCUUAUCAAUUUCACCACGUUGAGUCGAAACAAAAUCCAGCGGAUCUGCCCUCCAGAGCAAAAUCUAUUUGUUCUAAUGCUGAACUUACUGAUCUGUGGCUUCAUGGUCCGAAAUUUCUAAUUAAACCGGAAAUCGAUUACUCACUAUUUCAGAUUAAAAAAUGGAAUGGGGAAUUACCUGAAUUAAGAAAAAAUCAAGUUUCCUUAAAUGUCACUGUUACUGCUCAGUCAAAUGACACCUUGGAUGAUUUAUUUAAUCGUUGUUCAUCUUUCACAAAAAUUCAAAGAUCCCUAGCCUAUGUUCUUAGAUUUGUUUCCAAUCUUAAAGCAAAAUCAAAUCACACUGCUAUAGAUACUGAUGUACUUUCCGUGGAGGAAAUUGAAUUUUCUACUUGCCUUGUUCUCAACGACCAAAACAAUGAGAUGGAUUUACAUAGAUUACACCAAGAAGAGCAACUUGAAGAACAAAUAGGGGUGGAAACCAUUCCUAGUACUUCUAGAUUACCUACAACUUCAAAGAUACAACCGAAUGUUCAACAGCCAGAUACAUUAAACAAAAGCAGUGAAAUUGAGGACUUUCAAUCUCAAUCGAUUAUUUCCAUUUCUUCACUCACAAUGGCUGAUGUCACAUUUCCGGUUGUUGCCAGAACAUUAGAUCUUUAUGGGGUUCCAGAUCGUGGUGGAGUAGCAAUCAUUUUUGCAGCUUUCAAUGAUAUUGGUCUCAUCACUGAAAACGAUUCAUCACGAGUUAUAAACAGAAAUAGAUUUCGACGAGCUCGUUCUAAAUCUAGGACUACUUUGUAA